AUGGCCUCCUUCUCCAGCAGCAGCAGCUAUGUGUCAGCCUCCCCCUUGAGGAGUGCCAUGAUGAGUGGCUCGUCUCUCCUCGCCAGCGGAGCAGGCCGUGUCGGCACAAUGAGAGCCGGCAGUGUGUACGGCGGAGCCGGAGGGUACGGUGUCCAGAUUUCCAAGGCCUCCGGGGCCUUCCUUGGUGGAGCCGCUACUGGAGGGAUGGCACAAUUCAACCUGUCCGAUGCCAUCGACAUUAGCGACAACAAGAAGGCCGCCAUGCAGAACCUGAACGACCGUCUGGCCUCUUACCUGGAGAAGGUCCGGUCCCUGGAGAAGGCCAACGCUGAGCUGGAGCUGAAGAUCAGACAGUUCCUGGAGAAGAAGGCAACCCCAGAGGCCCACGACUUCACCGCCUUCAAGGUCAAAAUCAGCCAAAUUCAGGACCAGAUCUACGGUGCAGUUAGUGGCAACGCAGCUCUCUACCUGGCUAUCGACAAUGCCAAGCUGGCCACAGAUGACUUCAGAGUGAAAUACGAAAACGAGCUGGCUAUGCGUCAGUCUGUGGAGGCCGACGUCGCGGGACUCAAGAAGGUUCUGGACGAGCUGACCCUGACCAGAGCCGACAUUGAGAUGCAGGUGGAAGGUUUGACGGAGGAUCUGGUCCUGCUGAAAAGAAACCACGGGGAGGACCUGCUGGCCUUACGCUCCCAGAUGGGAGGCCAGGUGAAUGUGGAGGUGGACGCUGCUCCUCAGGAAGACCUCUCUGUUGUGAUGGCCGGCAUCAGAGAACACUACGAGAACGUCACCGCCAAGAACCGCAAGGAGCUGGAGGUCUGGUUCCAGGCCAAGACCAGUGAGCUGAAUAAGGAAGUGACUGCCAGCACCAAAACCCUCCAGACGUCUCGCUCUGAGGUCACAGAGGUCAAGCGCACAUUGCAGAGCCUGGAGAUCGAGCUCCAGUCACAGUUUAGCAUGAAAGCCUCUCUGGAAGGCACCCUGGAGGACACCCAGAGCAGGUACGCUGGCAUGCUGGCUGGCUUCCAGAGACAGGUGACCAGCCUGGAGGAGCAGCUGGCUCAGCUGCGGGCCGACCUGGAGCACCAGAGGGAGAAAUACAACUCCCUGCUGGACAUCAAGACCCGGCUGGAGAUGGAGAUCGCCGAGUACAGGAGACUGCUGGAUGGAGAUGAUGACAGGUAG